GGAGGCGAUAGUGUGUAUGCAUUGCUGAUGCGUCUCAACAGAAGAAAUCAAAACAACCAACAUGGCGUAUUACAGGAAAUUGUUUACUGCAAGCUUACGAUUUGCAUCCACCUAUGGUCGUGGCCUGGUGACAGCUUCCCUGGCCCGGGAAAGACUGGCAAAGCUCUCAUCAUCUUUGAAGAAAAACUGGAUUUCUCUGAGUGUGGCAGGUGCCAUUUGUGCAGUCCCGAUUGCUCAGGUGGAGGUAUCGCACGAGGCCCUGAUUAAAAGAGCAUCGUCGCUGGUUACAGACAGUGCCAACACCUACCUUUCUCAGACAACAUUAGCACUUGUAGAUUCUCUCACACAAUAUGCCAAGGCCAUCCGCAUGCUCGUGGCUCUCCACAGACGCUACAAGGCCUCGGCCUCCAGACUGCCCCCUGCUGACGAGGAGGCCGUGUGGCAGAUCCUCCUGCAGCAGCGUGAGGAGGUGGGCAUGCGCAGGGAGGAUUGUAAACGCUUCGAGUCCAACUGGAUGACAGCCAUCAACCUGUCUGAGCUGGCAGCAGAGGCGGCGUACAACGCAGGGGCGGACCAGGCGUCGGUUGCGGCGCGGUCCAGUCUGGACCUGGCCCAGUCCCAGGUGGAGCAUGUGCGGCAGCUCUCCCUGCAGGCGGAGAACGACCUCAGCGAGGCCAGCGCGCUGGACAGUCCCAGGAUCCUGCCCUCCGCAGACCCGUCCACUGCCGACGAAGACGAAGAGAUUCCAGAGGCCUACCUCAGAGAGGACUGAGGGACACUUUAGUGCACUUUAAUGGCUCUGGUGAGGGGGGGGGGGGCUGUCUUGUAACUCCAGAGACUACAAUGGCAACAACAGAAACGCUAAAUGAAUCAAGGCUUUCUGUAAAGUUUUUAAAUCAGGACCUGAAUAUAACAUGACCACAUGAUGGGGAGACUUCAGUGCACCUGAAUAUAAUAUGAUGGGGAGAAUGCACCCCACAUGACCAGUUCAGACGCUUCAUUUAAAUGCUCUGCUGAAUGCCAUACUGUAGCUGCACAGUAGAUUUGACAAUCUUGCAUCCUGACGCAAUUUUCAAUCAGAACAUUUUUGCUUGAUGGUUUGUCUUUUUGUGUUGGUGAAGCAUGCUGUCUUUGCAGACUUUGGAUGUUGUAUAACUGAAUGUCACUGUUUUGUUUCGUCACCAAGAGGACUUUACUAGGGUAAAGGGAUCACCGCUGUACAUAUGUUUUUUUGAACAGGGUUGAAUUAAUGAAGCACUGAACCAAGUAAUCUUGGAAACUUGUAUUCCUGCAAAUCAUGUGUGCCUUGCCUCACACAAUUUGUACAAUUGAAAAUUGUCAAUAAAAGUCAUUGAAAAGUCACACAAGGUCUGGUUUAGAGAUAG